AUGGGCGCCGCAGAGGCCACCGACGUGGAGAGUGAAUAUUCCUCGCUUGUCGACUUCGAGGGCCCCGACGACCCCAGCCAUCCGUUCAACUGGUCCUUGCCCCGGCGCGUCUGGACGACGGCCGUCGUCGCCGUGCUCAACCUCAUCGGCACGGCGGCCAGCAGCAUCUUCGAGACGGGCAAUGGCCAGUUCAUGAAGGAGUUCGGCAUCAGCCACGAGGUCGCCGUCCUGGGCACCUCCCUCUUCCUCGCCGGGUACAUCCUCGGCUUCCUCACCUUCGGCCCUCUCUCCGAGCGCUUCGGCCGCAAAUGGCCGCUGCUGUGCGGCCUGGCCGUCUCCUCGCUCUUCGACCUGAUGCCCGCCCUGGGCCACAGCCUGCCCGCCAUCCUGAUCGGCCGCUUCUUCGGCGGCCUGUUCGGCGUCGCGCCCGUCGCCGUCUUCGGCGGCGUCCUCAGCGACUGCUGGCCCACCGCCCAGCGCGGCAUCGCCAUGGCCCUGACCGUCUCGCUCGUCUUCUCGGGGCCGACCUGGGGCCCGGUCUUUGGCGGCUUCAUCAUGGGCUCCUCGGCGCUCGACUGGCGCUGGAACAUGUGGGUGGUCAUCAUCGCCGGCCUCAGCGCAACCGCCCUGUGUGUUGUUGUCUUCCCCGAAACCUAUCCUCCGGCUAUCCUCCGGCGUAAAGCCCGCCGCCUACGGAAGAAGACCGGCGACGAGAGCAUCCGCACCGCCUCGGACAAGGAAGGCCUCAGUCUCCAGGAGAUCACCCGCGUCUACCUGAUCCGCCCCUUCUGGCUGUUCACGACGCAGCCCAUCCUGGCGCUGCUGACGCUCUACCAGUCCUUUGUGUACGGCGUGCUCUUCCUCUUCUACCAGACGUACCCCGUCGCGUUUGGCACCAACCGCGGCUGGGCCACCAGUCUCGAGUACCUGCCCCUGCUGGCCAUCAUCGUGGGCAUCUUCGUGGCCGCCAUCGGCAUCGUCAUCCAUAACCAGCUCUACUUCCGCCACCACUGCCACACCCCGGACGGCGUCUUCAUCCCCGAGAGCCGGCUGCCCCCCAUGAUCGUCGGCGGCAUCCUGGUCCCCAUCGGCAUGUUCUGGUUCGCCUGGACGGCCACCCCGGCCGUCGCCUGGGCGAGUCCCAUCUGCGCCUCCGUCGUCAUCGGCGCCGGCAUGUACCUGCUCUUCAUCCAGGGCUUCAACUAUAUCGUCGACUGCUACACCACCAUGGCCAACUCCGCCAUGGGCGUCAACGGCUCCAUGCGCAGUAUCUUCGGCACCGUGUUUCCCCUCUUCGCCACCCAGAUGGUCCACGCUCUGGGCGUCGCUCGCACCACCACCAUCCUCGGCGCCCUCAGCGCCGCCUUGGUUCCCGUCCCCAUUUGUUUCUGGUACUGGGGGGACCGCAUCCGGGCCUGGUCCUCUGCCAAGGUGGCCACUUUUUGA